AUGGUCGCUCGAAACGCUUUGAGGGCCGUGGUUUUUGCGGCCUUGGCCAUGUGUGUCUCCAUUAUGGACGCUCGCGCAGUGACACGCUCGCUCGCGGAGACAACGCCUCCAACUGCUCCGGUGUCCACGUCGACUGGGUUGAACAAACCAACGGAGACAGCUCCCAAGGAGCCACAGUCGUUUACGUUAGCAGAGUUCAAUGGACCGAGCGAGGCAAGUCGAGUGAAGCCGUUCCCGAGCGACGAUGGGAAAAACAAAAGCGGUGGCCAAAGCGGAAGCGGCGUCACCCGCAAAACCAGGAGCGAAAUCAUUGCGUCCUUGACAAGAGGAGACGAAGCGAAGAGCAGAAGCUCCGUCUCCUCCCGUGAUAUCAAGUCCGAAACGAGUACGUCGUUGGAUCAUCGCUCAGGUGCUUCCUCUCGUGACGAGACAGAAUCGAGCGCAACUGGCAAGACAGAGAAAAGCUCAGGUCGUCGUUCAACUAAACAGGAUAAGGGGAGUCGCGAGAGUGAGCGAGAGGAUGAUGAUGAUGAUGACGACGAAGAUAAAGAUGCUUCUACCAAGCUUACAGAUGCUCAGCGGAAGGCAGCGAAGGAAGCUCGCCACAAGGCACAAUUGGAGCGUAAAGCUAAGCGACAGGCUCAGAAAGAAGAGUGGCGUAAGAUUAGGGAGCAGCAGAGAGCUGAGCAUGAGGCAGCCAAAGAGAGAGCGAGGUCUGAGACUAGCGCCAUUCAAGAAGCUGCAGGUGUAACGAGGAACUUGACGGUGACGAAAGAGCAGGUGUAG